AUGUAUGAUCCACCACCUUCUUCACUAGAAUCGAUAAAUUCCCGAGAGUUUCUCAACCUCAGCGACCUACAUUCCAUAGUGUGCGACUGCGGAGACAAGAUUAUUGUGAAUCAUAGCGAGAUGAAUAUGAUCAAAGAGCGGCUAGGUCAAGAUUUUCUUGUGUUUCUUGUGGAUCACAUCAGUAUCCACCACAAGCUGGAAGAUCAUGACAGGAAGCUUAAAGCUAUUGUUGUGGUGAUAGGCGGCGUGAAGGUGGCCAUGCUCGGGAUGAUGGUGGUUGGGCUCAAAGUCGUUAUGAAGCUUGGAUAA